AUGUGUUAUUGUAACACCUUCUCGGAGAACCCUGAAAUCACCUGGAUACUUAAGGAUGAAAAGGCAUACGGAAUCAUCCAGGACCACAUCUCCAAUGCCCUCCUAAUGAGAACUGGAGACCUCAUCAGCUCCAAGAAGUUAUUUGACAAACUUGUUUCACUCCAUCAGACAUCCAACAUUGCCUUGGCUUUCGAUUUAUUCCAGCAACUCACCAAAUUGUCCUGGGAUGGAACAUCAGCUAUUAAGGACCACAUUGUGAAAAUCCGGACUAUUGAUUCGCACCUCUCCAGAAUGAAAUUAGGAGCUGAUACCAAAUUCAUGGCUUUUGCUCUUCUGCAAUCUCUUCCAUGCACUCCUGAAUGGCAAAUAUUUCAGUCAUCCGUAAUCAACACAAUUGAAGAAGAUAAACUUACCUUUCAUGCAGUUGAGAUCUGGAUCACUGAAAAGUUGCACAACAGUCAGGAAUAG